GAAGAACCGACAGCAUCAUUCGCCAGUCGAUUGAAAAAGGGUCUAGUGUUUGUAAACUAUGGCUGACGAUACCCUCAUGAAUCUUAGAUAUGUGACGCAUAUAUUCUUUAUUCUCUUAUGAUUUGGAAUAAAUUAUGGAAUUUGAAAUAACGCGCACAAGACCAUCGCUGUUUGGGGAUAUUGCACAUGGUCUGGGGUUCUGGACUGAUCGUUCAGCAGUGCAUGAGGCCGCGGCUCAGGGCAGAGCUGUGCAGCUCCAAAAACUGAUUGAGAACGGAGCAUCUGUCAACAUUGUGGCCGUGGACUCUAUCACACCCCUCCAUGAGGCCUGUAUACAGGGCCAAACACAGUGUGUGAAGCUGCUCCUGGAUGCUGGAGCUCAUGUUGAUGCUCGUAACAUUGACGGCAGUACUCCAUUGUGUGACGCCUGUGCUGCUGGUAGUCUGGAGUGUGUGAAGUUGCUGUUAGAACAUGGAGCCAUGGUGAACCCUCCCCUCUUCACCUUCUCACCCCUGCAUGAAGCCUGCAUGGGCGGUAACUCUAAAUGUGUUCAGCUCAUGAUUGAUGAAGGUGCGUUUAUGGAAGCCCAUGACUGUCACUUUGGCACCCCUCUGCAUGUGGCGUGUGCAAGGCAGCAUCUCGGCUGUGUCAAGGUUCUGCUGAAUGCUGGUGCAAAUGUAAAUGCUGCUAAACUUCAUGAGACCGCACUACAUCAUGCUGCUAAAGUGAAAAAUCUGGAACUAAUUGAGCUUUUGGUAGAAUUUGGGGGAAAUGUUUUAGCCAGAGACAACCUCGGCAAAAAGCCCAUUCAGUACACCAGAGCCGGCUCAGCGUCUGCCCUCUGCCUGGAGCUUUAUGAAUCCACACCCCUCAGUCUUCAGCAGUUAUGCAGAAUUGCUCUCAGAAAUACCCUCGGGAAAAGGGCGCUGGGGGUGUUGACUCAACUGGGCCUCCCAAAUCGAAUCAUCUGUUUCCUGUCUUAUUUACCAGCCCCUCCCCUGGAGCUUGACGGUUUACCACGCUGCUUCUGUCCAGGUCAUCAAUAAUGAACACAGCACGGACUGCGAUUAAGAAUAAGGGACUUAGAUCAUUGGUUUCCAGGAGGAAAGAGAUUUCUCGUUGUGAAGCGCAGCUACUGUAACAGCUGUACUCAGUAUUUGUCAUGUAUUUGUUGAUGUUUUUCCCCCUGCAGGGAACCAAUAGAAGUCAUUGUCACUUGGUAUGGAUGCAGUGUACUGCCAAAAUUCCUAGAAUAAUUUGACUGGGAAAGAAGCACCUUUCGCAAGAAAUAAUGGUA